AAAUUUGCUGCAUGCAUUCCUGGGCUUAUGGCAAUACCUUCCUAAAAAUGAGUGUUUGUUCCCAUGCUUUCAUCAGUCUUUUAGCAGAAAGAAGGAUAUAUUAUGGACAGAUGCCCUAUUUGAACAUGGCAUGGCUGCUACUGGGAUCACCGGUGCUGAAAGUGGAACAAAAUUGUACAUAUCAAACUUGGAUUAUGGUGUUUCCAAUGGAGAUAUAAAGGAACUUUUUUCUGAGGUUGGUGAUCUAAAGAGGUGUACAGUUCAUUAUGAUAGAAAUGGCCAUUCGAGUGGGUCUGCGGAAGUAAUUUAUGUAAGGAGAAGUGAUGCCAUAGCUGCUGUAAAACGUUAUAACAACGUUCAGCUUGAUGGUAAGCCAAUGAAGAUAGAAAUUAUUGGAGACAAUUUGGGCCUUCGGGUUGCACCUCGUGUUAAUGUAGUUGGAGGCGCUAAUGGCAGAGGAAAAAGGACAGUAGUUAUGACGCCAGAGUUUGGUCAAGCUGCUGCGGGGUCCUUCAAUCGAGGGUCGGGCCGGAAUCAUGGACGCACUCUGGGUCGUGGAGGCCUCAGGGGCCAAGGCAUGAGCACUGUCCGUGGUCGCAACUUACGUGGCCGUGGACGCCGCAAUGACCGUGGUCGUGGUCGCAACCAACCAAGUAAGAAAAUGACAGAAGAUUUAGACAGAGAUCUCGAAACAUACCACGCGGAAGCCAUGAAUACAUCAUAAUGUGGUAACUCACCAUGCAUCAUCUAUCUAUAUGAAAGUUGCUUCCUUUUCUUGUCAGUACCCAAAAAAAAAAAGAGAUGCUGCAGUAAAGCAUUUUGGACCACUAUGCUCUGCUAUCAUGUAAAUGUUCUGCUUUUACUUUCCCUUGUUAGGAUUCCUUAUGAGAAAACCAAACAUCUUUAGGAAUUUCAAGUUUUA